CUCCACAUCUCCCCCCACCCACCCCGCCUGUGCCCUCGUGCCUGGCCACGCCCCCUUCCUCCCCUCCCCUCCCCCACCUCUUCCUUCUCCUAACAGGCCGCAUGAGAGAUGUCUGCCGCCAGCGUUGACCCCCAGAGACCGAAAGGACAAGAUAAUAAAGUGCAAAAUGGAUCACUUCAUCAGAAGGAUACAGUUCACGACAACGAUUUUGAGCCUUACCUUUCUGGACAGUCAAAUCAGAACAACAGCUACCCAUCAAUGACAGAUCCUUACUUGUCCAGUUAUUACCCGCCUUCUAUUGGCUUUCCCUACUCUCUCAGUGAAGCGCCGUGGUCAACUGGAGGAGACCCUCCAAUCCCAUACCUCACUACCUAUGGACAGCUCAGUAAUGGCGACCAUCACUUCAUGCACGAUGCUGUUUUUGGACAGCCCGGGGGACUGGGGAACAACAUCUACCAACACAGGUUUAAUUUUUUCCCUGAGAACCCAGCUUUCUCCGCUUGGGGGACAAGCGGGUCCCAAGGGCAGCAGACUCAAAACUCGGCAUAUGGGAGCAGUUACAGCUACCCACCCAGCUCUCUGGGCGGGACAAUCGUCGAUGGCCAGACAGGAUUCCACAACGAUACUUUAAAUAAAGCUCCUGGGAUGAACAGCAUCGAACAGGGAAUGGUCGGGCUGAAGAUCGGCGGGGAUGUCACAGCCUCCGCUGUGAAAACAGUAGGCUCCGUGGUCAACAGCGCCGGGAUGACAGGCGCUUUAUCUGGCAACGGGGGCUCAAGUAUAAACUUGCCAGUGUCAAAGCCAACCUCUUGGGCUGCUAUUGCCAGCAAACCUGCAAAACCUCAACCCAAGAUGAAAACAAAAAGCGGGCCUGUAAUAGGAGGAGCUUUGCCUCCUCCGCCCAUCAAACACAAUAUGGAUAUAGGCACUUGGGACAACAAAGGUCCCGUGGCCAAAGUCCCAACUCCCCAGCAGAUCCCGUCUCCUCAGUCGGUCCCGCAGCCGCAGAUCAUUCAGCCUAUUCCUGCCCAGCCGCCUCCGCUGACCCAGCUGCCGUAUCAGAACCCUCAGCCGCCACCCCCUCAAAAUCGGUGGGUGGCGCCCCGCAACAGAAACGCAGCUUUUGGCCAAAGCGGAGGGACGGGCAACGAGAGCAACUCGCCUGGGAGUAUUCCAGCGAACUCUAUCCCUGGUGGCGAGUCCCACCCCGUUCUCGAAAAGCUGAAAGCUGCUCACAGUUACAACCCUAAGGAUUUUGAGUGGAACCUUAAAAAUGGACGCGUGUUCAUCAUCAAGAGUUACUCGGAGGACGACAUCCACCGCUCCAUCAAGUACUCCAUUUGGUGUAGCACAGAGCACGGGAACAAGCGGCUGGACAGUGCUUUCCGCUCCAUGAAUAGCAAAGGCCCCGUAUACUUGCUCUUCAGUGUCAACGGCAGCGGACAUUUCUGCGGAGUGGCAGAAAUGAAGUCUCCGGUGGACUACGGUACCAGCGCUGGUGUCUGGUCUCAGGACAAGUGGAAGGGGAAGUUCGACGUCAAGUGGAUCUUUGUGAAGGACGUGCCCAACAACCAGCUGCGACACAUCAGGCUGGAGAACAAUGACAACAAGCCAGUUACAAACUCCCGCGACACUCAGGAGGUGCCCUUAGAAAAAGCAAAACAAGUGCUUAAAAUUAUUGCGACGUACAAGCACACAACCUCCAUCUUUGAUGACUUUUCUCAUUAUGAAAAGCGCCAGGAAGAGGAGGAGGUAGUGCGGAAGAUUGAAGACAGGUCUUCAGCUAACUCCAGUUCUGAUGUCCAAAUGUGGUUGCCUUCACUGACUGAGGAACGUCAGAACCGAAGUAAACAAUAAGAAUAGACAUAUAUAGCUUGAGAUAUAUAUAUGUGUAUAUAUAUCUGAUAUUAAAAUCUGAUUAUGAAAAAUUGAAUCUUUUUAAAAAGAAGAGUACUCUGGUACCAUAUUCUGGCAUCAGAAGACUGAAAAGCUUUCAGCUCCAAUAUCUUUUUGUGUGUGUGUGCGUGUGCAGGGGAGAGUCAAUGGUCGCAUCUUUAAGUACAUUGUAAUUUUUUUUGUUUUGUUUUUUGCCCAGGUGAAUAUGCGUUGAUUUGUAUCUUUUCUAUGUAAAAAUGCUGUAGAAUCCCUGAAUAAAGGUGUUACCUGUUUUUCUUUUUUUUUUUAAAGAAAAAAAAAAGAAUUUUAAGUUGGUUAAACAGUCUCAUCUAAUACAUGAUUAUAAUUCAGUAUUUUGAAAAUACGAGUAUCUCCCAAAGACUUCAGCACAAAUUAUGUUUACUAAUCUGGAAAUUCACUUUAAUUUUGUAUCUGUGUCCUGUAUAUCCUCUUGUCUCACCAUUCCCACAGUUGUUUUGAUUUUUUGUGGUAUAAAAAACACUUCUGAAACUUUCAUUUUAAGCUCAUUUAUAGGGAAACCCCAAGCACCUCUUAAAAUUUUGACACCAGCACCACAAGUUCAGGUUGAGUUUACCUUUUUCCUCUGUUCCAUUGAUGAUUUUGUUUAAAUGCUGAAAGUACCCCUUUUGGCUGUUCUGUAGAAAAACAUAAAUUCACAGGGCCCUUUCUUGUGCAAGCUGCAUACAUGAAAAUUGCUAGAACGCACAAUUGUGCUCUUGCCUGACUCUCAGUCAUCUCAGUGGGACUUUUCAUGUGAAAUGUUCCCCAUGGGUUGUGGCCUUAACAGCAUUUGAAAAUAGGGUUUUUUUCCUUUCGUAUUUGGUGAACUGGUGCUCUUAUAGGGGCAUCUGCUCUGUAUCAUACUGCAAAAGGCAAGAAACUUUUCUUUUUCUGUUCUCCCAUCGUCUCGUUUUCUUCGUGGCUUUUAUUGAUUAAAUUAUGUCGACAUUGCAAGGGGCUUGUUGCAAUGUGAGGGUUUUGUGAGGCUGGUUUUCAGCUUUCUGUUAAAUCCCUCCCCCCUCCCUUUUCACUUCUCAAAAAUGCCAUUUAAAAUUUUAUACCAAUAAUGGUGAGCUUUAAUAUAGAAUCUUAGUACAGACACACAUGAUGGAUUAUGCUUCAGAUGUUUAAAGUUGACGGUGUGUGUAAUUUUUCUUUUUCUGUUGGAUGAGUAAAAAAAAAAAAAAAGCCUACCGUUUUAAGAAAUGGGAUUUGCUGUCAUGUUUUUGUGGAAUGAGGGAGCUGUUUUGAAGAACCAGCCACCAAUCGGAGUUUUCAAAAAUUAAGCAUGAAUUCUUUGGUGCUCAUGCCUGUCUCUCUAGCACACUGAAGUCUGCACGUGUAUCGUAGAGGAUCUUUUACUUAUUCUUAGAAAGCAAAUAUCUUCUGAAAACAUAUUUACUCAAAAAAAAAGGACCUCCAAUUUAAAUGAAAUUUAAGCUGUAUCAUUUAGACUUGUAUUUAGAAUAUAUAGCUUUUGUCUCUGGACUGUUACUUAUGGUGUAAGGAGUAACGGACAGCAUCAGAUUUAACUUUUUUUUUUUCCUCUAGGAGAAUACAAGCCUUAAUAAAUAAUACCUACUUAGCA